AUGGACAACUGUCGACUGGGCCAUGCUUUGAAAAGCAUAGAAGGAGGCGAACAUGAACCAGUGGUGUCAAGAACUCGUCUUGGAUGGAUGAUUUACGGUCCGUGUGCUAUGGAAUCUGGAGCGAUCAACUCUAACUACAGUGGUCAUCAUAGUUUUCAUAUAUGCCCGUGCAUGAAAGAAGAAGGAAUGGACGUAGCCCUAAAGGAGUACUUUUCAAUAGAAUCCUUGGGAAUCAGCGGCACGUAUAACACAAUGCCAUCAAAGGACGAAGAGAGGGCAUUGAAGAUUCUGGCAACUGAAACACGUCUAAUUGGAAACCGCUUCGAGACCGGCCUACUGUGGCGUUUUGAUCAGGUCCAGCUGCCUAACAACAAACGAAUGGCUUUGAAGCGUUUUGCCUGCCUCCAGAAGCGGAUGAUGCGGGAACCGGAACUAGCGGCAGCGAUGCGUGUGAAGAUGAUCGAGUAUGAAGAAAAGGGGUAUAUCCGGAGGCUUUCAGAAACGGAGAAGGCGGAGAAGCGUCCCAAUGACUGGUUUCUGCCUCCGAACAAACCCGGUAAACUACGGAUAGUCUUCGAUGCAGCGGCAGAAGUCAACGGUGUCUCGCUUAAUUCAUUCCUCCUGACCGGGCCUGAUCAACUGGUAUCGCUUUUAACAGUGCUCUACAAAUUCCGUGAAUUUCGCAUCGCGGUUGUAGGUGACAUCAGAGAAAUGUUCUUCCAAGUUCGAAUGAAAGCGCAGGAUCAGCGGAGCCAAAUGAUUCUAUGGAACGAUGGAAAUCUGGAAAACGAGCCUGAAGUAUAUGUAGUGACAGUAAUGACCUUUGGCGCUGCAUGCUCCCCAAGUUGUGCACACUACGUGAAGAAUCUAAACGCUGAUAGGUUCAAAGAUAAGUAUCCGAGAGCGGUUGAGUCCAUCAAGUACGAACACUAUGUCGACGACAUGUUGGCAAGUGUAGAGACCGAGGAAGAAGCAGUGAAGCUAGCCAACGAAGUGCGCACCAUUCACUCUGAAGGAGGCUUCGAGAUUCGGAAUUGGUUAUCGAACUCCAGGUUGGUCCUCGCAAAUCUGCAUGAUAACAGCACCGCAGAGAAAAAUUUAGGGUUUCAUGCUGAAAUGCCAACGGAAAAGGUGCUGGGGAUGUGGUGGAACACGACCACAGAUACGUUCACCUUUAAGUUAUCACCGAAGCACGAUGUCGAACUACUGUCAGGUGUUAGAAUGCCCACGAAACGUGAAGUGCUGAGGACGUUGAUGGCAAUAUAUGAUCCAGUAGGACUCAUCGCUAAUUUCCUGAUCUACUUGAAGAUCCUGCUACAAGAAAUCUGGCGUGCCGGAUGCGGCUGGGAUGACGAGAUCAGCGGAAAGCUAGCUGAAAGAUGGUUGACAUGGGUUGAAGUGCUACCUCGCGUCCGUCAAGUAAACAUUCCUCGCUGCUACAGAAUCGAAACGUCCGCCAAUCCGACAAGUAAUUUGGAAUUGCAUAUUUUCUGCGACGCCAGUGAGAACGGGAUUGCUGCUGUUGCCUAUUUCAGGUUCGAAGAAAAAGGAAAGGUUGAAUGCUCGCUGGUUGGAUCGAAGACACGUGUUUCCCCUCUGAAGUUCCUUUCCAUACCUCGCCUUGAACUUCAGGCUGCUGUGAUUGGUUCUCGACUCGCCGAUUCCAUCGUCAAGUCACAUCGAUUGAGGAUCAUGCGUCGCGUUUUCUGGACCGACUCCCGUGAUGUUGUCUGCUGGUUGCGAUCGGACCACCGACGAUAUAGCCAAUUCGUGGCAUUCAGGGUGAGUGAACUACUUGAUACAUCGAAGGUGAGCGAGUGGAAGUGGCUGUCAACAAAGAAAAAUGUAGCAGACGAAGGCACGAAGUGGCAAAGGUUGCCGGACUUCCAACCAAGCAGUCGUUGGUUCCGCGGACCCGAUUUUCUGUGGGAGCCCGAAGAGCAGUGGCCCGUAGAUAGUGGAAAUCAAGGCGUAACCAUGGAGGAAAUUCGACCCAGCAUUCUCCACCACACAGCUAUCGCUCCACUACUAGUAAACUUUGACCGCUUCUCUAAAUGGAAUCGGUUACUAAGAACGAUUGGAUAUGUUCACCGGUUUAUCGACAAUCUUUGUAAUCGCAAGAAGAAAGUAUCAAUGCAGCUGGGACCCUUAACACAGGAAGAGCUGAGUCUUGCUGAGAACACAAUUUAUCGUUUGGUUCAGCACCAGGCUUAUCCAGAUGAAGUCCAGUUGCUCCGCAACAGUAAACCCGAGUCUCACCCAUGGGAGCGCAUUCUGCCGAAAACCAGUCCGUUGUACAAGCUGAGCCCAACCAUUGAUAAGCAGGGUGUCCUCAGAAUGCAAGGGCGAAUCAAUGCGUGCGAAUGGGUAGAUGAAGGAACCAAAAAUCCUAUCAUACUUCCAAGGCAGAAUCACGUAACCAACUUAUUGAUAGCUAGCUAUCAUGCAACGUAUCGUCAUCAAAAUAAUCAAACAGCAUUGAACCAGAUCCGGAUGAAGUAUAACAUUCCCCGCCUUCGAUCAGAGUUCGACCGUGUUCGCAAGAAUUGUCAGCGGUGCAAAAUACGACAGACACACCCGCAGCCCCCAGAAAUGGGAAAUCUACCUCGAGCCCGACUGGCAGCAUUUCAGCGACCAUUCUCAUAUACGGGAAUUGAUUAUUUUGGGCCAAUGUCCGUACUUGUAGGAAGACGAACGGAAAAAAGGUGGGGUGUCUUGCUGACCUGUAUGACAACCAGGGGUGUACACAUCGAAGUCGCUCACUCAUUGACGACAGAUUCGUGCAUCCUAGCGCUACGAAGCUUCAUUGCCAGAAGGGGGAUGCCGCUGGAAAUAUUAAGUGACCGCGGGACAAACUUCAUCGGAGCUUCCCGAGAGUUACGCGAAGCCCUGAAAAAGGUCAACGAAGAAAAGCUCAUGGUCGAGUUCGUGAGUCCUAAUACGAAGUGGACAUUCAAUCCACCAGCUUCUCCGCACUUUGGAGGUUGCUGGGAACGCUUGAUUCAGUCCGUCAAGAAAACCAUGAACGACUUCGAUCCUCCCCGCUUGCCAUCUGAUGAAAUCCUACGAACCAUGCUUAUAGAGAUUGAGAUGAUCCUGAACUCAAGACCGCUCACUGACAUACCCCUUGAAAACGACAUGGAACCGCCUUUAACACCGAACCAUUUUCUGUUGGGUUCUGCUAAUGGAAGCAAGCCCCCGAUCGCCUUCGACGACAGAGCAAUUGUGCUGAAAAGAUCGUGGAAGAUGGCCCAGCUGUACGCCGACAACUUCUGGAAAAAGUGGGUAGCCGAGUACCUGCCUACCAUAACCCGCAGGACAAAAUGGUUUCAGCCUGCAAAGCCAAUCCAGAAGGGGGAUCUAGUACUAGUCGUCGACUGUAACCUCCCGAGAAACUGCUGGCCACGAGGACGUGUGGUUGAAGCAGUUCACGCUAAGGACGGUCAGGUACGUCGAGUGACUGUACAGACAACAAGUGGACUUCUCGAGAGGCCGGCAACAAAAAUAGCAGUGUUAGACGUCGGUGCUAUUGAGUGA